CGCGGUGGGCGUGAUCCGGGCACUUAGGGCAGGAUGAACGCUGCUUUCCAAGAUGGCGACGGAGGGAGGAGGGAAGGAGAUGAACGAGAUUAAGACCCAAUUCACCACCCGGGAAGGUCUGUACAAGCUGCUGCCGAACUCGGAGUACAGCCGGCCCAACCGGGUGCCCUUCAACUCGCAGGGAUCCAACCCUGUCCGCGUCUCCUUCGUAAACCUCAACGAUCAGUCUGGCAACGGUGACCGCCUCUGCUUCAAUGUGGGCCGGGAGCUCUACUUCUAUAUCUACAAGGGGGUCCGCAAGGCUGCUGACUUGAGUAAACCAAUAGAUAAAAGGAUAUACAAAGGAACACAGCCUACUUGUCAUGACUUCAACCACCUAACAGCCACAGCAGAAAGUGUCUCUCUCCUAGUGGGCUUUUCUGCAGGCCAAGUCCAGCUUAUAGACCCAAUCAAAAAAGAAACUAGCAAACUAUUUAAUGAGGAAAGCUCUUGUCAGCACUUGUGGAAGGUGGAUUGGAAUGAAGAAAGAGAGAAUGAAGGUAGCAAGACCAGUGAGGAGGCUCUAGUAACUGUCCAGAGACUAAUAGACAAGUCACGAGUAACCUGUGUCAAAUGGGUUCCCGGUUCGGAAAGCCUUUUCCUAGUAGCCCAUUCGAGUGGGAACAUGUACCUGUAUAAUGUGGAGCACUCUUGUGGCACCACAGCCCCCCACUACCAGCUCCUGAAGCAGGGCGAGAGCUUCGCCGUGCACACUUGCAAGAGCAAAUCCACGAGGAACCCUCUCCUCAAGUGGACGGUGGGCGAGGGGGCCCUCAACGAGUUUGCUUUCUCCCCAGAUGGCAAGUUCUUGGCGUGCGUGAGCCAGGACGGGUUUCUGCGGGUGUUCAACUUUGACUCUGUGGAGCUGCACGGCACCAUGAAAAGCUACUUUGGAGGCUUGCUGUGCGUGUGCUGGAGCCCGGACGGCAAGUACAUCGUCACGGGGGGCGAGGAUGACCUGGUGACAGUCUGGUCUUUUGUAGACGGCCGAGUGAUAGCUCGAGGCCACGGGCACAAGUCCUGGGUCAGUGUGGUGGCGUUUGACCCCUACACCACGAGUGUAGAAGAAAGCGACCCUAUGGAGUUCAGUGGCAGUGACGAGGACUUCCAGGACCUGCUCCACUUUGGCAGAGACCGAGCAAACAGUACCCAAUCCAGGCUGUCCAAGCGGAACUCCACGGAGAGCCGCCCCGUCAGUGUCACGUACCGGUUUGGCUCUGUGGGCCAGGACACGCAGCUCUGCUUGUGGGACCUCACGGAAGAUAUCCUUUUCCCUCACCAGCCCCUCUCCAGGGCACGGACACACACAAAUGUCAUGAACGCCACGAGCCCUCCAGCCGGGAGCACUGGGAACAGCGUCUCGACACCUGGCAGCUCUGCGCCCCCCCCUCUACCGCGGUCCAACAGCCUCCCACAUUCCACUGUCUCCAACGCUGGCAGCAAGAGCAACGUCGCCGAUGGGGCCAUCGCGUCUGGGGUCAGCAAAUUCGCAACACUCUCCCUACACGACCGGAAGGACCGGCACCACGAGAAAGAUCACAAGCGAAACCAUAGCAUGGGACACAUUUCUAGCAAGAGCAGUGACAAACUGAACCUAGUUACCAAAACCAAAACGGACCCCGCUAAAACUCUGGGCACGCCCCUGUGUCCUCGAAUGGAAGACGUUCCCUUGUUAGAGCCGCUCAUCUGUAAAAAGAUAGCACAUGAAAGGCUGACUGUGUUGAUUUUCCUUGAAGACUGUGUAGUCACUGCUUGUCAGGAGGGGUUUGUUUGCACAUGGGGAAGGCCUGGGAAAGUGGUAAGUUUGAAUCCUUAACGCUGCACCAGACCGAGAACUUGAGUAGGUAGUGAUUUUUUUUCCUUGUGGGAGGGGUGGGUGUACAAUGAAUGAAUGACACUUCUUAAUGUAAAUCUAAAUGCAUCAGAGCCAUACUUUUGGAUACUGCAUGCCAUGUAAUUCUGAAUCAUUUGAUAAUUCACCUUAGAACGUUUAAAAAAUAUAAUCAAACUAAUUGCCAGCCAAGUCCGUCACCCUCCUGGGAGUAUAUAGAGUCCCAAGGUGAGCGCUCCUGUCUUAGACUAUUUCGAUUUUAGGAAAAUCAUGACAGUGUGGGGAAACAAUGAAUUAAAAAGCUAAAAUUAAAAUUUCUGCUUUAACUGGAAUAUUUUUGCUUAACUACUCAAUUAGAAAAUUGUACACCUGAUCAGAGCGUGUUCAGCACGGACGGCCACUGACUGUCAUUUAUAGUCCAGUUUUUUAUCUUAAUCAUAAAAUGUUUAGGAAUCUAUGAAAUUUAACUUUAGGAACAAAGCGUUCAGCAGGGUUGAUUGAUAUUAUUUUUACAUUGUUCUGGCAAUCCACAGAAAGAGAAGAGCCUUAAUUUUUAAAACCCAUUUUAGUCAUUUUAUGACAAUUAAAAUUGUUUAAUAAACAUCUUUUUUCAAAGAAGCAGUUUGUACCACUUUGAUUGAGAUUCUGUGCACUAAAUAAAAUACCCACGUUCCUCAAGCCUGGGCGGUUCCCGUGAACUGCAGGCCGAGGUUGCCCACCGCACGUGUCAGAAGUGCCUCUUGCCACGGAAGCCAAGACCUUUUCUGUCCAGUGCGCUUUUGCCUGUUUUUUUUUCCAACAAGAAAAAAGAGGUUUCAUUUUCUUUUGUUUUGGGGCGGAUUUUGUUUUUUUAUUUCUUGGGAGGUUUUUUUGGUCACGAAGGCUCACGAGUGUAGGCCCUGGGCAGCCUCUUUAGCUUUGUUUUGUACAGACUGACAGACCCUCCUGAUCCCCUCCUUGUCUCCCCCCCACCCCCCGUCCCCACCCCGGGCAGUCCAGGUUUGGUUUUCACACUAGAGGGGAAGUCCACCUGCAGGGUGCCCCUUAUUGUCGGGUGGUGGUCCUUCCAGGGUUAUUCUUGGGAUGCUGAUAUUGGCCUGGCCCUCAGGCUUCCAUCCCAGCACCUCACCCCGGCCCAGGUGCCCACUGGAUGGACCCGCUGCUCCCGGGGGAAACUGCAGUGUUUGAUCCUGAGUCCCUAUGACCCUUCUCAGCUGUGGAGGAGUUUCAAAUCCCAGCUUUCAGAUGGAUGCGAUGGUUCUUUGAGCUCUGUGUUUUAUGUCAAGAUGACGAUUAUCUGGUUUGUUAACUUAUUUUGGUCAUUUAGGUUUGUUCUGUUUUGCACACUUUUGUAAUUAAAUAUAGCGAUGCUGAUAACA